AUGAUUAGUGAUUCAACAAUUAAAUUAAAUAAUGAAAUUUUUAAAUGUGUGAAUUUUGUUGAAAUUAAAAAUAAAUGGAGUGAAAUUGAUAGUGAAUACAAAUGUUGUAACAAUAAAUGUAUAAAUACAAACAAACCUAUUGGUAAUUGUAUUAUAGGAAAUGGAUUUGUAAAUAUAAUUGAUGAUGAAAAUAUUAAUUAUAUUAAUUGUUUGGAAUGGGGUCAUAAUAAAUAUGUUGUAGUUUUAGCAGAAAAUUCAUUUAAAAAACAACAAAAUUGUUUUAAUUAUUCAUUAUAUUAUUUUGAAAUUAAAUGUAAAUUUGAAGUUGAUUUAAAUGAUUAUAAAUGGAUGAGUAUUGGUCUAAACAAUUGUACAAAUAAUUAUAUAGAAUUUUCUGCUUCGUUUGCAACGGUUCAUAAUGAGAAAAAUGAAGGUUUUGAACUUGGCAAUAUUUCUUGGAAUAACAAUGAUAUUUUUGGUUGUGGAUUAGUUUAUCCUCCAACUAAUGUGACGGAUGCUUUUCCAUAUGUGUUCUUUACUCAUAAUGGAAAACAAAUUGGUAAAGCUUGUUUACUAAAGGAGAGGAAUAUCUCGUAUAAACCAUUUGUUGAGCUGAAAAUUUGUUCUAUUGAAGCUAAUUUUGGAGAUGAUUUGGAAACUAAACCAUUUACUUAUGACAUUUCAAAACAUUUUAUUCUUAAAGAAUUUUAUUGA